AUGGUCCGCCACAAGAAAGACUUCGGCCGCGGCAAGAAAUACAGCAAUUCCACCCGCCCUCUUCCCCGAACCCACGCCGACAUCGACAACCCCGACUCCUCCUCCUCCCACCGCGCCCGCCCCCCCUUCAAAGCCGCCUGCUGGGACCUCGGCCACUGCGACGCCAAACGCUGCUCCGGCAAGAAACUCAUCCGCCUCGGCCUCAUGCGCUCCCUCCAAAUCGGCCAAAAAUCCGCUGGCAUCGUCGUCUCCCCCAAAGCGAAGAAAGUCAUCUCCCCGGCCGACAAGGAGAUCCUCGAGCAGUACGGCGCCGCGGUGGUUGAGUGCUCGUGGAACCGUGUUGACGAGGUCCCGUUUUCGCGGCUGGGCGGGAAAUGCGAGCGGCUCCUCCCGUACCUGAUCGCGGCGAACCCGACCAACUACGGGCGGCCGUGGCGGCUGAACUGCGUGGAGGCGCUGGCGGCGUGCUUCGCGAUCUGCGGGCGAGGGGAGUGGGCGGCGGAAAUCCUAGCGUCGUUUUCAUACGGGGAACAGUUUUUGGAGAUGAAUGGGGCGUUGUUGAGGAGGUACGCGGCGUGUACGAACGAGGAGGAGGUGAAAAAGGCGGAAGAGGCAUGGCUGGAGAAGAUUGAAAGGGAAUAUGAGAAGAGUCGGGUGGAGGGUGGGGAUGUGUGGAAGGGGGGGAAUUUGAAUCGGAGGCGGUUGGAUGAGUCGGAUGAGGAGGGGGAUGAGGACGACGAGGAGGACGAAGAGGAAGAUGAGGAAGAGGAUGAGGAGGAGGAACGGGAUUACGGACUCCCUCCCGAAUCCGACGACGAGGAGGAAAUGGCGGAGCUCCGCCGACGAGUCCUACAGUCGAAGACAUUCACCAACCCUGAAGCCGAAUCAAAAAAGCAAGCAACGAUCCCACGACCCGAACCCCAGGGUCCCGUCCUCCGCGAAGAUUCCGACGCCGAGUCCGGGUCGGAUCUGGGGUUGGGGGAGGACGAUGAGUUCGACCAGAUCAUCAAUGCGACACCGGUGACGGAUCGGAUUGGGAUCACGGGGAGACAGAGGUCGAGAGCCCAGGACGAGAGUUUGAGUGCUACGUUUUCGAGAAAUGUGGUGAUCGCGCCUAGUAUCCGGUAGUAGGACAUGCCCUGAUCAGGAUGACAACCGCUGGGUCUGAUCCAGUUGGGAAAGGACAACCAACGUUGAAUAUCGGUACCGAUACAGAUAUCGGAAAUCCUGAGUCAUUAUCGAUUGUUGUCCGGUACUUUCUCCCAUCGACCAAAGUCCAGUCCAUUUCUUGCUGCGCGUGACUUUGUUGUCUACCAACGUUCCCAUCAUCAGCGCCCUUCCUUGUGAUAUAAAUUCCGUGUUAACCCACCACCUUCACGUAGCACUCUCCACCAGCUUUUACACAACUAUCUAUCUGUGAUUGACCAUCUCUGCGGAAUCAUAAUUCAACCCAUCUCCACAUACUACCGCACUACGUCCUAGUCGCCAACAUGGUGUUCUGCCGCUCCCCCACGCGCAUC